AUUCAGUACUGGCCAGUAGCAGAGUCCGGGUAGAACUGUGGAAUGCUGAAUCUCGUGCAGGAAGUCAGCUUAAAGUGAAGAAAAGAGGAACACCGCAGGCUCAGUGCCUGCCAGAAAUUUAAAGCCCUGACAUUUAGAGGAAGCCCUUCGGCUACGCCAUCAUUUGAGUGUAAAGGCACUGAACCGACCUUGGAGAAAUAGGGAAGAGAAGAUGGCAAGUAAUGCAACUGGGAAGGGAGAAGUUAAGGUCCGUAUUUCUAAAGCACUCUCAGAGGGUGAAAAAGCAGCUACAGCUGCCAGGAAGGAAGAGGUGAAGAAAGGCCUUGGCAAGCUUGGGAUUCCGUGUAAUGAGGACCAAAUCCCAAAUAUUGCUGUCCUGGGAUCAGGUGGAGCUGUGCGGGCCAUGAUUGCUCUCUAUGGGACACUAGCGGAGCUGAAGAAAUACAACCUCUUGGACUGUGUGAUGUACUUGGGCGGGGUGUCAGGUUCUACCUGGUGCAUUUCAGCUCUCUACAAACAUGAAGACUGGGCAGAAAAAAUAGAAGCCUUAGAAAAAAGUCAGUGUGAAACCCUUGUCAAAGGCCAGUGGGAAUUUCAGAAGGCAAUGAAAGCUGUGAUUGGGGCUGCGGAAGAUGAAUGUUACUCUUUGACUGAUUUCUGGUCCUAUUUCCUUGUGCAUAAACUGCUAAACGAGCUUGAUGAGUCUGAACUACCUGUGCACAGGGGAGCUUGUGAGAAUGGGAAAAAUCCUUACCCGAUCUAUAAUGCUGUGGACAAGGAAACCUAUGAGCAACAACAUGCAGGCACCUGGUUCGAAUUCACCCCACACGAAGCUGGGGUUCCUGGCCUGGGAGCAUAUGUAGACAUGAAGCAUUUUGGGAGCAUAUUUGAAAAUGGGCAACUGACUGAAGAAAAGAAGAAAAGAGAUAUCUGCUAUUUGCAAGGUUUAUGGGGAAGUGCCCUUGGAAGCGAACAAGAGCUCUAUAGGACUAUAAUAGAUUCUUUGCUGAAUUAUCUAAAACAAAAGAGAUCAGGAGACUCUUCCUCAACUUCAACAAACUUAGAUCAAGAUGACCAGAAACUUAAGACACUCUAUGAGGGUUAUCAGUCCAUUCUAGAGCUUCACCUCUGUGAAACAUCAGAUGGAAGGACAGCAGAUAAGCAUUUUGACCACCUCCGCAACAUUUUGAAAAACCAUAGUUCCAGCAGAAGCUAUGAAUUGCUUAGAGAGAUCUGCAAGACCUGGUUUUCUGCUAAUGCGGAAACAAGAAAGAAAGACUGUAUGAGACUGUGUCAAGCACUGGACCUGGAUUUUGGAGGUUUUUCCAGUGAUUCCCUCCGUGUUUUACAUGAUGUGGUGAGAAAGACGUAUUUAUGCCUUUUGAACUGGACAUGGGGAAGCACUAAUAACUUCCUGUACCACUGCUUGGAUGUUGAAUGUCCUGACUUGACAAGCAAACAGGUUGUCUCUCUGAUUGAUGCUGGCCUGGCGAUAAACGCUGCUUACCCAUCCCUUCUUCAGUCUGAGAGGAAAGUGAAGUUGAUCCUCUCCUUUGACUUCAGUGCCGGAGAUCCUUUUCUGACCAUUAAGAAAGCCAUUAAAUACUGUGAGGAACAUGGAAUCCCAUUUCCCAAGAUCGAUGAGAGAGAGCUGCAGGACACGGAUGAUUUGAAGGAUUGCUAUAUCUUCAGAGGAGAUGCAGAAUGUGUCCCAACUGUCGUGCACUGUCCACUGUUCAACAAAGUCAACUGUUCAGAUAAAAUCCAUGAAUACAGAGAACAGUUUUCUACAUUCAAGAUGAGCUAUUCAAAGGAGGAGAUUGAAAAGUUGCUCACUGCAGCAAAGCAAAAUGUAGCAAAUGUUCACGAAAAGAUCUUGGAGGAGAUCAAGAAUGUUGUAGGUCCUCCUUCAUAAAGGGCUUAAGUAAAGUUUUUUCCUCUUCAACAUUUGCUUGACAACGAAGUUCACAUAACAAGGAUUUUUCCUCUGCUAGAGUUCUAACGUUUGUUAGCAUCAUGGUUAUUAUCGGCUCAAUUUGUAUCCGCUAUUCUAAAAGUAUCAGAUCAGUAUAUAUAUCACUGAUCAAUAAAAACAUAGCAUAUAUCAAUGGCCUCAUUUGGACACAAUGCUGAAGUUUGACUUGAAAUUAAAUUAACAAACGUUGGGAUUUAUUGCAGUUAGGAGGGGACCCAAUAUUGAACUAACUUCAGUUUAUUAUUUCUGAAACUACAAACUAUGGUUAGUACCUAUACAGUGGUACCUCUGGUUAUGAACUUAAUCCAUUCCUGAGGUCCAUUUGUAACCAGAAACCACUCGUAACAUGAGGUGCGCUUCCGCUAAUGGCGCCUCCCGCUGCUGCCGCGCUGCUGAAGUACGAUUUCCACUCACAUCCCAGGGCAAAAUUCACAACAAGGGGCAUCUACUUCCAAGUUAGUGGAGUGUGUAACCCGAAGAAUUUGUAAGGGGGAUGGUUCGCAACAUGAGGUACCACUGUAGUUCAGGGGAAGAAGAAAAUCUCAAAUUGUCAUUUAUGUUCCAUCUGUGGUCAGGAAAUGGAAAUCAAUCAAAUAAAAUUGGCAUCCAUUGUUGUCUUUAAGUUCUCAAAUGAUGUGUAAUGAAAUACCUUUUAAAAAUUGUUUUGAUGUAUCCUUUCAUUUAAUGUGAUAUAAGUUACAUGAGUUACAUAGUUACAUGAAAUAGUGAUUGUGAGAUGAGUAAAUGAGUAUUUGGUGGUAACUGAACCACAGCGAGAUGGAAACACAGACUGUGAUGAAUACAGGUCAGAACGAAGAUUACUGCCUUCUUACGUCUCUGGUUGGCAAUGAAGCACUGGCAGUAGUAGAUAGAUACAUUUGGACCAAAGGCUAUACCUGAGUCUCACUCAGAUAUAUAACAUCACAUGUGCUCUAUUCACACAUUACUCAUGUGUAGGGCUUUGCUGUGUUGAAGAAGAAGCAGGACCAUGCUUUUAGCCUUGCCUUUACAUCAGUACUGCAAGAACCAUGUGCAGUGUGUGGUUGAGUUUUCUCUGUGAUGUGUGAAUACCUGCUCAUGACUCCCACAUGACUGGGAGACCUGCACAACUGGUUGCCCUGAUUGGUGGGAAUAUUCAUGUGCAGAUCCUUGCAAAUGGAAGUUUAAGCUGUUGAUAACCACAAAUAGCAAGCUUUUACUGCAGAAAGGGGUAGUCAUGUCAUGGAGGGGGCUAAAAGUGUGGCCUUGCUCCUCCAACAAUGUGGCAAAACUCUACACAGGAGCAGCAUGUGAAUAAGGACUUUGCUAUUCAUGUAUACCAUGACAUAUCCUCACCUCCCCCCAUGAACUCAGGCUAUCCCUUGCCAUUCAAAAGUUAAGGACAAAGUUUGCAAGCAAAUAUGCUCCUCAUAACUCAAACAUGCACCCAUCCAGCAUGUGACCAAGUUAGACAAAGACUCCUUGUGGUUACAGAUUUUUUUUCUUGUCACACUCUUAAUUAAACACCAGUACUAUAGCAAAAAGCAAGCAUUUUUAAACAAAUUUGCCGAACGUUUAAUGGGGAGAGAAAGAGCAAAAAAUGUGAAGAAUCUUAGUUACGGUGUGGAACAUAUCAACAUCAAUUCAUCCACAAACAAAUGACAUGCUGUUCAAGCAAAGAAGAAAAUAAAGUUCUUUGAUGCACAAGUUUAACACUAUCAAACACAGAACACAUUUGCCUCACCCUGCAUGAAUGCACAGAAUCUUUCCUCAGAACAAUGCGUUGUGGAGCAAGAAACUGCAGACAUGUUGCAAUCCUUUUGUCAGCGUUCCCAAACAACUCCCUCUGUUUCCCCAUUUGCACAUAAGCCUACUCCCAUCAGAGCAGGGCAUACCUCUUAGCCUCUGCAGCCCAAGCGUGUGGAUGAAAUUUUGGAACAGCAAUUAUUUGUUUAUUAUUUCAUGAAAUUCAUACACCACUUGAUUGAAAAAGAAAAUACCUCAAAGCUGUUUACCAAAUAAAACAUAAAACCAUAUUUAAAGCAAUUUACUUCCACGAGAA